AGUAAUCACAAGCCGGCACUUGCUCCAUCCAUCGAGAAAGCUAGUUUCCGCCGGAGCGGCACUAAAUGGCGUGGCCACCGCGCCGACUCGCGUGCCACCGCCGGCUGCUGGGCACCUCAACCUCCGCGCCGCCGGCGGGCAACGAGACAGCCGCGGCUCACGGCUCCAGCCCGAACUCGGUGAAGAUCAUGGUGUCCGUUCUGGUGGUGGUCAUCUUCUGCACGCUCCUCUACUGCGUCUACUGCUGGCGCUGGCGGAAGCGCAAUGCCGUCAGGAGAACGCAGAACGAGAGCAUGACGCCGCUGUCGAGGUCAAUCUCGGAGCUGCCGCUCAUGGACCUGGCCUCCAUCGACGCUGCGACCGGCCACUUCUCCAGGGCCAACAAGCUCGGCGAGGGCGGCUUCGGCCCGGUUUACAGGGGCGUCAUGGCAUGCGGCGCAGAGGUCGCCGUGAAGCGGCUGUCGGUGCGCUCGCUGCAGGGCGCGGCGGAGUUCCGGAACGAGGUGGAGCUGAUCGCCAAGCUGCAGCACCGCAACCUGGUGCGGCUGCUGGGCUGGUGCGCCGAGCGCGACGAGAAGCUGCUGGUCUACGAGUACUUGCCCAACGGCAGCCUCGACGCCUUCCUCUUCGACACCAGCAAGAGCGUUGAGCUAGACUGGAAUACAAGGCACAACAUUAUCAUUGGCAUCGCCCGUGGGUUGCUCUACCUCCAUGAGGACUCGCUGCUCAAGAUCAUUCACCGAGACCUCAAGCCCAGUAACGUUCUCCUUGACAACAAGAUGAACCCCAAGAUCUCCGACUUUGGCUUGGCUAGGAUCUUCAAGGACGAAUGCAAUGGUGUCAACACGGGACGCGUCGUCGGAACCUAUGGGUACAUGGCACCGGAAUUCGUGAUGGAUAGCCUUUUCUCGGUGAAAUCAGACGUGUUCGGCUUCGGGGUCCUACUACUAGAAAUCUUGAGCGGACAACGGAAUGGCAUAUCAUACCUUGACGAGCACCAACAAUCCCUCAUCCAAGAUGCAUGGAAGAUUUGGACUGAAGAUAGGGCGAAUGAAUUCAUUGACCGUGUGCUUGGGCAAUCCUACUCAAGGGACGAGGCAUGGUGUUGCUUCCAAGUCGGCCUCCUCUGCGUGCAAGAUGACCCCGACAUUCGGCCAACCAUGUCUAAUGUCCUGCUAAUGCUUUCUAGUGAACACAUGAGCCUUCCCACACCAUCUAGGCCUGUGAGAAACGUCCCAUUGCCAGCGCCAUCAGCCAUGUUAACCCGUGAGCCGUUGGCUUCUCAGAAGUCGAUCAACUAUGCCUCGAUAACUGCUGUCCAACCGCGAUGAUCUCGUUCUUAGGUGUUUUAAU